GGCAUCUUCAUUUGAUUCGUCUUCCCCGUCAAGUAACCACAACUACAGAAGGAUUAGUUAUAGCCGUGCAAGCGUAACCCGACGAAACGGAAGCGCCCACGCUCGCGAACACCACGAAAGACCGCCAGCACGUCAACUUCUAGCUGCAACUGCACAGCGCCAGACGAACGCUUCUCGUCGAUACUCCUCGUUGGCAAUCAUCUAUCGCGACAAGUAGUAUCUAUUAGAUCCCGAUCUGAUUGUAUUCGACGCGGGUUUUAAACAGUACUACUAGGCGGGGUAGAGAGACGUUACUAACGAUUUACUAGGAUGAACAGAGGCCACUUUUGCAGCUUCUCAGUACGGUUAUAAUCGACUUCUCCUGACGAGAGACGAAACGCCUUCACCUCAUAGCCCAGCUGCGGUUGGUUCAGAGCAAAUCAGAAAUCCCCUUCAACGAGAAAUAAAGGGACGCGGCGACUAAACACGUGUGUCCAACAUCUACAAGAUCGAACAACAAAUAAAGCUGGACAAAGUGCAGGAGGUUCCCCUCGACUAGCAAUAUAGAGCCCUCGCACGUGCUUAUCUGCGAAAAAAACAUAGAUAUAGAUUUCUCCACCUGAGUUUUCCAGUUAUAAGCGUGAAUGCCAGACGUUGCGGCAAUGGUGGAUCAUGAUUGGGAUACCCCUAGUCCAGGUGCCAAGAGCAGCACCGAUCCGGAUCUUACAGACGCAUCUGCGAUAAUUAUGGCAACUUGAUGGAAUUUAAACGGAAUUCGAGGUGAGUAGAGUAAAAAUCGUAAUUAUACUUAGAAGGUGACAUCAGUCAAAGUCUACAAUUGAGUAGAUCAUACCAAAAGCAUCCAUAAGGAUCGGUCUGAAUAAUUAUACGAAGAAACGAGCUUCAUCUAAAACACUCUAAAACCCAGCCAGAUAACGAUUACAAGCCAGGGGAUAUCAAGAUAAUACUUCUAGGUGAUUCAGCGGUGGGCAAGAGCAAGCUGAUAGAAAGAUAUCUUCUCAACGCGUACUUAUUACCUACCCCCAAUCACUUUACAACUACAACUACUUAGAAAUUAAUACAGAUUCCGAUUGCUGAGUACUACCUAUAGUUACAACCGCGGCGACCUUGAUUUUCUCCGCCUUACUUUAGAACCGACUUCUCUUCAGACCCAGAUUUCCAUCCUGAAGAUGUUUUCAAGUCCUCGGACGAUUUUUAGAUUGCAUACAACCAUGCUUUGCAGAUACACGAAGCACACAGCGUCAACGUAUGCGGUGAAUAUUUUUUCACACGUCCAUAAGGACACCAAGUCGGGAAGAGAGUACAAAAUCGAUUUCUGGGACACAGCAGGGCAGGAGCAGUUCUCGAAUUUACAUCCAAGUUAUUACUAUUAUGGCGGCGAUGAAGAUGCAGUUUUUUCUUUUGGAUAAUUCAUCGAAAUUAAUAAUUAAAUACUAGAAAUCUUCUAGCUUACUUAGAAAGAUUCAUUGUUCACGCAUCAAGCACGAAGAAUAGGCAGCUUUGCACUAUACUUCCUCCAAGCGUACUUCUAGCCUAUCCUAAUUUCGUUUAGGUCUAUAUCUAUUAACCGAUCAUCGAUAUUUGAAAUACGAUCCGAGUCCGUAAGAAGUACUACUUCCACUUCGCGCACAUUAUGGCAAGUACUACUCCUUCGCGCAGCACGUUAUUCUCAUCAUUAUUUUUGAUCACCAAUUUUAUUUCGCUUCUAAGGCCUUGAGGCGAACUGCUGCAUUCUCGCUUUCGACGUGACGCGGAAGAUCACAUACAAGAAUCUCGAUAAAUGGUACAACGUUUUGUCUAUGGUAUCUAUAUAUAAGGCCAUCUUGUGUGGAAGGCACUCUGCAGGCAACUUAGUCUAGCUGGGCAACAACUAAUGCCUGUGAUUUUGAUUUUCUAGAAAAAUUUCUUAUGGUUUUGGGAAAGGGAUCGAUGAAUGAUAUCAGCAUAUCUUAUCAACCUGUAGUAGGGUUAUUUCAACAUCUCGCUGAGAUGUAGACUUCAUCCCUUCCAGGUAUGAAAACUGCAAAAAUGGCGUUAUGCGAGACAUACCUGUAUUGUGCAUUGCGAAUAAGAUCGAUUUCGACCCAUCGAGCACACAAAAGAAGUACUAUAACUAUUUAGCUUUGAUAACACUGUUAUUUCUACUAUGUCGCCUUAUCUUCAUCUUGAUGACCAUCACAUCUCUAUUAGUACCAGUGCUCAAAUCUUCUUCUCGUUCCCUUUAAAAUGCUAGUAUAAGUAAUCCUCCUUGUUCUUGGAUAGUAUCUGAAAAUGUCAACAAAGUCAAAUUUAACAGGUUCCAGUUUGCUGUGAAGCAUAAACUGCCAUUUUUUUAUGUGUCGGCAGCCGAUGGAACAAACGUGGUUCGAAUUUUUGAAGAGGCGAUUGCGCUUGCAAUAAAGCAGAAGGAGAAUCCUGACAAGGAUGACGUACUUACUCAUUUCUUUUUUUUGAUUUGUUUUUCAUGGGAUGCAAGCAAGACCUCACGUUGCUACUUAGGCAAAUCAUAUUCAUUCACUCACUCACUUAUAACAUGCAUUCGUAGAAAUACUGACCUUCUCCAGAAGGUGAGUAAUACCCACCUACAUGCGAAAAAGUAGUAAAAUUUGAACACGCGACCAGCUUUUGGCGCCAUUGACAACUCUUUUCGUCAGGUGCUCGAUGACAUUAUGGCUCUGUUGCAGGAAGACGAUAACGCUGCGACGAUGUCGUAGCCUGCGGAGCACCCAUACAACGUGACUCUGCAGCUCGUCGUUGUUCACGAACUGCAACUUCACCUAUUUUUGAUAUCUCGCUUAGGUACUUAUUUACAAUCGGCAACCUUCAUCGCUGCAGCUUCAAGAAGAAACAUGUCAAUUUACUCUCAAUUUGGUUCGGGGACUUCGACGUCACAACUCUCAUCUUUCUACAUCUAUAACUCAAUAUAAAUAUUUUUUUGGGAACUCAGUUACAGUUUUUAGUUUCUUGCAACUCCAAGUUAUAGUUAUUCAAGACGAUAGAUAACUUCUGAGUAGAGAUCGGCUCAGGACUUAACCUGACAACGACAACGCCAUGGUGGAGACUACUUACCUAGAAAUCUACAAAAGCCGACCAGGAACAAGUACAAUGGAACCUAGUCUCUCGAUUAGUGUCUACCACUGGUCCUAAUAGAUACUGCUUAAUGUCAGCGCCGUACCAUUCUGAAUGUGUAUGAAGAUUUGUGACUGAUAUGGCGCGGCCUGGAGCACGACCGAUAUCCAUUUCCGUGAUCAUGACAGGGACGCCUUGACCUUCGAUCAACAAUGAUUAAAUGGUAGUUGCACCACUUGCACUUAGACCACUUACAACACACUUUUGGGAUUUGUGAUGGACGAAAUCAUAAUCAUAUGUGACAGACAGCAAGAGAGAGCGAAAGAAGUGCAUAUCUGAAAUCCAUACUCCACAGUUUCAGGCAUUCGGAAGUCUACUUCAACGAAAAACUUGCAUGGGUGAAAGUUGAAGGACGCUUUGAUCACAGAAAGCAUGGGUCGGAUCUCAAAGGGUUCGACAAAAGAAAUGGAUGCGACACGACCAAAUGCAUUGUUAAGAGGGGUCGAAGAGCCAGA